UCAAUUGUCAAAUUCCAAAUGAUUCGAGCGAUGGCGUAUUGCUACGGUGCCAGCGUGCUCUUUCCUUGUCAGUCCUUUUCUUCCUCUCCCAUUCUUCAUCUCUUUCCCACUCCAUUAGCUUACCGGCCGUUCAGUUACGAUGCGCCGCCGACGAAGUUUAAGCGGCGGCUUUCUUUUUCUUCUGCAGCUGCGCUGCCUUUCGACCUUUCUCCACCUCCCAUUGACCACGACCUCCUCGAUACUAUGACUGUUGCUGGGGCCAAGGUAUCAGAAGAUGGGGCAAUAGGAACAUUCGAUAAUGACGAGGAGGCACUAGAUGCUGUUGAGAAUGCAGUCGCGGUGUGUAUCUAGUUUGAUUCAGGUUUUCUUGGUUGUGGAUCUUUCACACUACGGCAGGAUAAGAGUUAGUGGAGAAGACAGGGUUCAGUUUCUUCACAACCAAAGUACUGCUAACUUUGAAAUUCUUCAUGAAGGGCAGGGAUGUGACACUGUUUUUGUGACACCAACUGCCAGAACCAUCGAUAUUGCCCACGCCUGGAUUAUGAAAACUGCAAUCACAUUGGUGAUCUCUCCAGUGACCAAGGAAAGAAUAACUGGAAUGCUUAAGAAGUACAUAUUCUUUGCAGACAAAGUUGAAAUUCAAGAUAUUACAGGACAAACAUCCUUGUUCGUACUAAUAGGGCCUAGAAGUAACCAAAUAAUGGAAGCUCUGAAUCUUGCUGACGUAGUUGGACAACCAUAUGGCUCACAUAAGCAUUACAGUGUAAAUGGAAUGCCAAUAACUGUGGGAGUGGGAAAUAUCAUCUCUGAUGAAGGUUACUCACUAAUGAUGUCUCCAGCUGCUGCUGAGUCGGUCUGGAAAGCUCUUCUAGGUCAUGGGACCAUCCCAAUGGGUACUAAUGCAUGGGAAACUUUAAGGAUACUUCAAGGAAGACCAGCUCCUGGGAAAGAGCUCACUGAUGAGUUUAAUGUUCUGGAGGCUAAUCUGUGGAAUGCUGUUUCUCUGAAUAAAGGGUGCUAUAAGGGCCAAGAAACCAUUUCUAGGCUUGUAACUUACGAUGGCAUCAAACAGAGGCUGUGGGGAAUACGUGUAUCAUCGCCAGUGGAACCUGGCAGCACCAUUUCAGUGGACGGGAAAAAGGUUGGCAAGGUGACUAGUUUCACCACUGGUAUACGAGCAUCUCAGCCCCUAGGACUUGGCUAUAUUAAGAGGAAAGCUGCUUCUGAGGGAGACACUGUAAUUAUUGGUGAUGAUGUUGUGGGUACAGUGGUGGAAGUGCCUUUUCUCGCUCGUCAAAUCCCUCCAUCCUAGAGCUAAAUAUAGACGACCUCUGUUCUCUGUAUCAGCAAAUGUAGCAUAUGUCAUGGCUCUGUCAUAACUUACCCUGGCCUCCAGAGAAGGCUUAUUAUAUGUUAGCACAUCGACAGUAUGACAUCUGCUAUCUAAUUUGAGUGCUUGUCCCAUUGGUGGCUCUAUCAAAAACUAUCCCCGGAAGACCUCGUAUAGUGGUUUACCAGAUCUCGUGAGCCAGUAACAUUUUGCUGCAUCAAAACUGUGCACUGCAGGCCCCUCGGUCCGCCUCCAGAAGAAAGGAUAUCUCAUGUUAGUGGGCCCACCUUGACAACAAAUUCAGAUGUAAUAGAAAUAUACUUUCUCUCUUAUUAUUGUCGCGAAUUCUCUUAACCCUUUUAGUUAUGAGCCAUUUUACCUUGUGAUUUUUUUAAUCAUAAGUCAAUACUUGUUAUUUACUAGGAUUUGCCUCGCUUGAACAUAACUGAUAUUGUAGGAGAGUUAUUGGGGGCUAAUCAACCUUGAGUUCUAGAGGUAUCUUUUCUUGUCAAA